GUCGAUCCAGACACAUCUAUUACCUUUCCUACCACAUUGAGGAUACCUUCGAAAGUCCCCAUGCCUACAUUCUCCCUGAUAGGGGUGGGUGUCCGUACAGUCUCCUUCUUGAAGAUCAAGGUCUACUCUGUCGGCUUCUACGCCGACCUGUCAAACCCAAAUUUGAAUAUACCCAAAUCCGCCACUCCACAAGAAAAAAUAGAGCACAUUAUCCAUAACACAGCGUGUGUUAUUCGUAUCAUCCCCACUCGCAACACGUCGUACACGCAUUUAAGAGAUGCAUUCAUCCGAUCACUCAAUGCUCGCCAACAACUUGCACACCAACGAGGCACCCUGUCCUCUGAGGAACAAUUGAGCGUCCAAUCACCUAUCGGCAAAUUGAAGACUAUCUUUCCAAAUGCCCCUCUUCUCAAGCACACGCCGUUAGAUCUCCUUCUAGCCCCUCCAGACCCUGCAGGGCAUCGUACACUUAUUGUUCGUGACCUCGGCGCUAUUCAAAAUGACUGGGUUGCGCAAGAAGUCAUGCUCGCUUACUUUGAAGGAGAUGGUAACAGCCCUGCUUUGAAGAAAUCUGUAGUGCAGAAAUUGGCGGAUUUUGGGACGGAUUAG